UUAAGAGGACCAUACUUACCUACCCUGAGAAAGAAUUGUUUCAGUUGCACAUUAGAACACAGUACAACAAUACUUUAAAUGUUUACAGUAGCUUGAGAAUUUAAAAAAAAUAAUAAACAAUACCUUGAGGAUUCCAUUCUUAUCAGUUUGAUUGGUAGUUGAAUUGAACUGCCAUAGGUCUGGCUUGAAAAUACAGCCCAUUAGCAUACAGCCAUUUAUAGUCCAACAGAGUACCAAAUACUUCAGGAUGAUUUUAUACACUGAUCUUGGAAAUAUUUUACUGUACAGUACUGUACUGCAUUUUCCUUGCUGAAUAACUUUGAAAGGCUUUUGUGAAUGACAUGAAGAUUGUUUGAGAUUAUUGUAUGUUAUUGUACUCUUGCAAAUUGUGGAAUGCCCAUUUCUGCUUGUGUGAUAUUCACCUUGCUAAUCAGUUAAUUGUAGCAGCACCACAAACCUUGGUAACAAUGGUACUUUUGAAGUCCAUAAGUACAAAGUAGUUGUAAGUGAUGAAGAAGAUGCCAGAGGAAGUGGUCGAUGAGAAAUUCUUGAAGAAGAGAAGUUUAAAAAUUCAUAUUGCAAAUCCAGUAUGAUGUGAAGAGGACCACAGUUGGCAGUGUAAUUUACAAAGAGAAAUAGCAGCAGACACAAUGGCAGCAUUCCGUGACCGCCGAAAUAAUGCUGGGACAAAAAUGUCCUGCCUUUUGGAGGAAGAGGAGGAGGAUGAUUUCUACAAGACUACUUAUGGAGGAUUUAUGGAAGAGGCAGACGACAUCGACUAUCAGUCGGAAGUGGAACAAGAUGAUGAAGUGGACUCAGACUUCAGCAUCGAUGAGAACGAUGAACCAGUGUCGGAUGUUGAGGACGAUGGGAAGGGAGGGAAAAGGAAACGAGGGAGGCUCAUUACUAAGGCUUAUAAGGAACCCAAACCUGUGCAACGGGAAUCAACUACAAGCAAAGUGAAGGAGAAGAAGUACUCCCCCAAGAAGCAUUAUGCUGUCUUUGAUCUAGCAGCUUUAGAAAAGAAAGGCAUUCGCAAAUCCACCCAGCUGAAAUCUGCCGAAACAGUGAAGAGGCAGAGAGAGCGAGCCGAAGUAGAGAGGAAGCGUGCACUGAAUAAGAGGGACCGGAUGCCCAUUUUUCCUAAGUUGACACAAGAGGAGUUACUGGAGGAGGCCAAGCUGACUGAGGAAGUCAACAUUAAGUCACUUGAAAAGUACGAGUUGGCAGAACUUGACCGCAAGAAACCGAAAGUGGUGAGGAGAGGUUUCACGGGUUCAUUCAUCCGCUACCAGUCAACAGCCAUGCCUCUCAUACAGGAACUUAAGUCAUCACAGGAAUCAAACCUUGAAGAGCCCAAUGUUGAAGUGGAUGUCACUCAGGAGCAACUGCUGCAAUUAGACACAGUCCAAGAUGCCAGUGAAAACAAGGAAAACACAACAACGGUAAAGGAAGUGAAGGAUGAUGUAGAGAAGUGUGAGCGAACUUUCGUCACUUUCUCCGAUGAAGGGACUUACAAGCGGGCAUUUAGGAAAAGCAAGCUAAAGGUUGUCCAGAAAUGUAUAUGCCCCAUUACUAGGUUACCAGCGCGAUAUUUUGAUCCAGUGACGCAGCUGCCGUACGCUACGCUCCAGGCAUUCCGCGUUUUACGUGAGGCUUACUAUCAACAGCUGGAAGACAAGGGAGAUCGUAAUAACAAGGAGGUAGCAAAGUGGUUGGCAUGGCGCCGUGAGUACAAGAAGGUUCGUGCCUCAGCACAGAGUAUCAAGCCCACAGUCACUGCUCUACAGAAGUCUACAACUUCAUCUACUCUGUCGUCUGCCACUCGUACCACAGCCAUGCCUACACUCGCACCAGGCACCACCUUAACACAGGGUGCUACAUACGCUCACACACUCCCAUUGUCAUCAACAUCCACCUCGGCUGUAACAUCUGUGGCAGCCGUGGCUCAGAUCCUUAGGUCAGCUGCCCCUGCAUCAUCAACAUUAAUAGUUAGUACAGCCACUCCUAAUACCUUACCUACCACCACUGUAGUUGCUGCCACAUCUUUACACCUUGGCCCUCGACCUACAGCUGCCACUGUCACCACUGCUCAAGCAGGUGGAGGACUGGCAAACCUACAGGGACAAACUGUUCAGCUGGUACAGACAGUUGGACGUGGUAUUGGAAGCACAGUGCGGCCUGGUCAUCAGAUGGUCGUGAUGACUAGUGCUGGCCCGACUGGUGGUCUACAACUAGUUGGGGGAAGCGGUGGCAACCUUCUGGUGCAGGGCAAUGCUGGUGGGACACCUAACCUACUGGUCCAAGGUGGCACAUCAGGCAAUGUUGGCAACCUUCAGAUUGUCCAAGCCAGUGGAGGCAGUGGUGUACAGGUUGUGCAAGCCAGCGGUGGAGGGAAUGUACAGGUCGUCCAAGGGGGACGCUUCACCAUUCGCCCUGUAGCAAGCCCAGCGUUUACUAACCUGCAGUCUCUCCUCAAGUAGCUGUAAAAAGUGGAUGGGGUUCUCCAGGUUCUAUCCACUUUGAUGUCACACACAACUAUAACAGCACUGAGGUGAAAUAUCCUAGUGAGCUCCUGAAGCAUUAUACAAAUAGAAAGUUACAAAAUUUGCCUCUUAUUCACAUAGUGAAUAUUGUUUCAUCGGCAAACCCCAGAAUUCCUUAGAAAAACCUGUAUGACAGAACAUAACUUGAUAUCAACGUUCACUAUUCAAAGGAGGGGUAACUUGCAUACUUCUUGGUGAAGUAAACUAUUGUUUGUCUUGUUGUAAGAUUAUAUUAGACACCAUUGUAAUGCCAAAAACCAGGUAUGAGCAACAGUUAUUAUAUCUCUCUGUCCAGACUUUUUUAUAUACUCUAUAUUACUCAGUUUUAUGAAAAUGGGUUUGGCUGUCAAUUGACUAAGCUAUUUUAUGGCAUUGAAAGAGCAAUUAAUUUAAAUGAAAUUAGGGGUAUGUAACCAUCUUUGGUCAUUGCAUAUCUUCCUUUAUGAUCAUGUUUAAAUACUGUAGUAGCGUACCUUACCUGCCUUAGACAAACAGUUUGGUGUCCCUCUUAUCCUUCAUCUACUGGAAAAGUCAAUAAAGUUACAUCUUUUGGCAUGAAGAACUUUUUGACUGAUGAAUACUGUUGUGUCUGCUGCUGUAUGAAUUUUUCUUAUCAUGUUUAAUGUGGUAAGUUUUGUUGAGUUUAUGUGAUAUGUUUUGUCAUAUCGGAUAUUUAUUGGUCCGUGAUAAAUCAUUAACUUAUUAAAGCUACAUACUGUAAUCAGAAACAGCAUGUUUGAUCCUUGAUCUGUUGAUUUUCCUCAGUAAUACUUCUUUAAGUUUUAUCCAACAUAACUGCCAUUUACAGGAAUUUUAUAGUUAUAUAGUUAAGACCAAACUAAUUUUCCUCAAUAAGUAUUCUCUCUGAUGUGUAAAUCAUUUGACUGCUGGUUUUUGACACCAUGUUCUCUGUGGAUGGGAGAAACAAAGCAUUGACCCAAAGGUUAUGAAAAGAUUUUAAUGGAAUAAGUUAGCGUGAUACAGUAAAAUUAUUCAUGCACUUGAAGGAUUGUGUUAGACUUCUGCAGCAGGUUGUAGAAUGUAUUCAACUAUUGUAAGCAUUAUGCUGGCAUUCAUGUGGCACAGAAAUAAAAAAGUUCUGUGUGCUCUUGUAAUGCUGGUUUAAGACAAAGCUUUAAAAAGGAAUUCAUAUAGUGUAUAUAUAUGCAUAUUGUUUAUAUUACUUUCAUUAGGUUAGUAUGACUGGCUUAUUAUUGUAUGGUCCAGUGAAUUACACAAACUACUAUACUUUCACAUCAUGCACAGUUUUCUUGAACUUUAUAUUACAGAAGUACUGUACAUUAUUUAUGAUUUGGAGUUCUGCCUGAAAUUUAUGAUACAAUCCAUCCCUUGGGUUAAGAACUAAAAAAUUUUGUUUUAGGUACAGUAUAUACUGCACAGUAUACUUUUUUUUCAAACAAGAUGUAAAGGUAGAGUAUUGUUAUUUUUGUUCAACUUCCAUUUGAUUAAGCAGUUUAGUGAACAUUUAUUUAGUUCGGGAAAGCUUCUCUAGUUUUUAUGUGGUGUGACAAUAUUCUUGUUAACUGUCCACCUGAUAUUUAUGUUUAAUCUGCGUGUAAGUGGAUACACUGUCAUGUGUUGUUGAAGAGAGGUGAGGUCUAUUUCAAGAAGCCAUUAUUAUUGUUUAGGUCCUUUCCUCCUACAACUAUUUUUCUUCACUUUUUAUUUUUAUACUUAGACACUGAUAUUUAGUAUGAUCUCAGUCAUUUGUUUUAUUUUUCCUAUAAAUAGAAGAGCUAACAAUAAAUAGAAGAAAUAGCCCAUUGGUUAUAUUUUCUGACUGUUUAAUAUGACUUAACACUGUGUAAAGGCCAGGGUAUGUUGUCUGUAUGAUGCAAAGUACAGUACAGUAAUCUUCUCUGAUGGGUUAAUAGGCAGAAGUUAAAUUGCUGAAGUGUAGUGUGACCUUUAUAUUUUAUAACAUAUUGCAGUCAAGGAAUUUUCAAAUCAGUGAUGUUUAAGUCACAAUUGAUGUCCAGUGUUAGACGAAGUGGAUAUUUUUCAGAGAAGUGUUAUUAAAAGUGAUUCCUGAAAGGCCUUUUGAAAAAGACUAUUUCACUCCAGUUAUGGGCAGAUAUUGAAUUGUAAACCAUUAAUUUUCCAUUUUGGUGGAGACAAGUCAUUAUCAUACCUAGCCUACGUCACUCAUGUUAAUAACUGUGUUAAGGCAAACCUUUUUAUUGUAUGUACUAACCUUAAGGUACAUUACACAUUUAUAAAAACUAUAUACUGUA